AUGUCGCUACCGUCUCUCAUUUCCCAUAAGUCUUCUGACUCCGGACUACAAAUUCAUCUUCAUCCUCUUGUGCUUCUCACUAUCUCCGAUCACAUCACCAGACAUGCCGCACGACACCAGGAAGGUCCCAUCCUCGGCGCCCUCUUUGGCCAACAAAACGGACAAGUGAUAACGCUUGAGAAUGCCUUCGAAUGUCCCACCAAAAGCGAUUCUAAUGGUCAAGCCCUCAUCCCAGAGCCAUGGUUUGCAGAGAGAGUGCAGCAGUUCAAGGACGUGUACAAAGAUCCCCCUCUCGAAAUAGUGGGUUGGUGGACAGCCGCCGCUCCAUCAGGUCCUGAUGCCUCGCAUCUACCAAUUCACCGGCAAAUCCUCCAAGAUUACAACGAUUCAGCUGUAAUCCUGGCAUUUCACCCCGAACAACUCCAACAGUCCCGAUCGCAAGGCGCACGACUUCCCUUGACUAUCUAUGAAAAUGUACUCGAGGGAGAUGAUGCUACUGAUGGGGACAAGGAAAUGCAAAUCGACGGCGAGGAGUUGGCGCAAAAGAUACGUUUCCGAGAACUGCCAUAUACCGUUGAAACUGGAGAAGCUGAGAUGAUUGGCGUUGAUACUAUUGCCACUGGAUCUGGAACCGCUGCUUGGCAUGGAAUACAGUCCACUACUACAGACCAAACCUAUGAAAACCAAAGUCCAUUUGAGACGGGCGAGCAGGCACUGUCUCAGGAAGAAGAGAGUUUAAUUGCAAACCUCAGCACCCGCCUCAAUGCUGUCCGCACACUCCAGUCUCGCAUUUCCCUUAUCAAAUCUUACGUUACCAGCAUUUCAGAAUCCAACAAUGCCGACACUCCUCUGCCGCAUUCUAUCCUUCGCAAUGUCAAUUCGCUCAUAUCAAAUCUUGCCAUUCUCUCACCUUCUGACGAGAGCACAUUCUCCAUGGAAGUUAUCUCACAAAAUAAUGAUGUUAUGCUCGCAUCGCUUCUCGGGAAAAUGGGCGAGGUUCUUCAAACUACCCUUGAGAUGGAUGUCAAGGCGUCCAUCGUCAAUCAGGCCAACCAGACCAGUCAGUCCAGUCUUCGUGCCAAUAAGGCUUUCGAUGAUGAACUUCGUCGUAACCCUCAUCUCAGAUGA